AGUCUCCCGGCCCGUCAGGAGUCGAGUUGUCACACAGCCCAGUGCUUACACAUCUAUACACCGAGUCGCAGAAGAGAGAGAUCAACUUCUCUUGAUAUAUUGAUACAGCGCCUCCGUACAAAACCGUCGCCCCCGAUUGAACUGUUAAAUCCCAAAAAGCGACACGACGACGUCUGAAGCCGCGAGCGUCGGUAGGCUGCGUGUCGUCGGUCUAUAGCGCCCACACGCGGAACAUCAGCAGCCGCAGCCUUUUUUCUGGGUUCUUUUCCCCCGCACAGCACAAGUAAAAAAAAAAAGGAAGAAAAAGUUUUGAUUCUACAAAAUGAAGACGACGACGACGACUUUCUAUUUCCUCGCCGUCGGUCUCCUGUUACUCGCCGCAUCUCCAGUGAGCGGCCACUUGGAGCCGGAAUUCGUGGACGCAGUACAGAACAUCACGGUACCCGUCGGCCGAGACGUCAAGUUCUCCUGUCACGUUCGACACUUGGGCACCAGUUACAAAGUGGCUUGGAUUCAUUUCGAACGGUCCGCCAUAUUGACGGUGUACAAUCAAGUAAUUACGCGAAAUCCUCGAGUCGGAGUGUCUCACGAGAAUCACCGGACGUGGCACUUACACCUGAACGAUGUCCAAGAAGCCGAUCGGGGACGUUACCUCUGUCAGAUCAACACGGCCCAGGCGAAAACCCAGUCAGCUUAUCUCAACAUCGUCGUGCCGCCGACGAUUGAGGACAGCGCCAGCAGCUCGGACGUGAUCGUGCGAGAAGGCAGCGACUUGAGCCUUACCUGCCAGGCUCGUGGGUCGCCGACGCCUUCGGUCAAGUGGCGCCGGGAGGACGGCCGCAAAAUCUCCACCAACAAGAGCUUCUCCAGCACGGAAGUGGAAGGCUCGAGCUUGGAACUGCAGAAAAUCAGCCGACUGGAUAUGGGAGUCUACCUCUGCAUCGCCUCCAACGGUGUACCCCCGACGGUCAGCAAGAGGAUCUAUGUCAGCGUCGACUUCCCGCCGAUGGUCUGGGUACCGCAGCAGUUGGUGGGCUCUCCACUGGGUGCCACAGUGACGAUUGAAUGUUGGCUGGAAGCUCACCCGGCUGCUCUGCACUACUGGGCAAGACCGGACGGCCAAGUCCUUCACGAUCCGACAAAGUACAGGAUCGAGAGCAUCAACGGAGUUACAGCCGCAGUCCAGCAACAGCACAUGUCCAACGGCACUCGCUCCUCCUACACGGUCUCCUCCAACAACGGAGGAUUUCACGACAAGAAAAAAAACAUUGCCGGAGAUGCCCCGUUCUCGACUCCCAACAUGAACCCAUCGUCUUACAUGACCCAUUUGAAAUUGACCAUUCGCCACCUGACCGUCAGAGAUUACGGACCAUACCGCUGCGUCGCCAAGAACCCGCGCGGAGAGACGGACGGCACCAUCAAGAUCUAUCAAACUGAUCGGACGGGCCACUUGGUGAAAACCGUCCAGCAGACCGGCGAAACGACCAAGAGUGAAGUCUUGACCAGCACAGAAUCGACGGAAGAUUUACAGACGGGCAAGCAGGUUGCAAACGGCAACAGCGCCGGGACAAAAAGUAGGUUCUAUUAUAUCUUUUCUAUUUUCAUAAUCUCCCCCCAGUUUUCUUGGCUCUACGUCUUUACUGAAAACUUUGUUAAAUAUAUCAAAACGCUAAUGCACACUUCAUUAAAACUCCGCCCACGUCCAAAAAGACAUGAGCGACGCUCCGCGCGAUUCCAGCACCAAUCUCUCUCGCCCCGUAAGUCACCAGAAAGAAGUUCCUUCUUCCUCGAGUCAAGGUGCGCCGGGAGUGACAUUCGGGUUAUUUCACUUGGCAGUGUUGCUGCUGCUGUGGACCCUCAAGUCAUCGCUCAACAGAUGAACGGGUUUCCAGCCGGGCCGACCCGAAAGAAAACGGAGAAAAGCGACAGUCUGUCACAAAAGAAGAAGAAGAAGAUAAAAAAAAGUUCCUACACACAAUAAUAAGUCGGCUGAGCCAAAGUGGCUUGUUUGUUUUGUUACGUUAUUUUUUUUUGUUGUAUCCCAAUCUCGACUCUCUGUUGUUUCAUCUUCUCGACGAGAGACGGCAUCGUGCGAUCAUCAAACGACAAGUGGAUCAAUAGAAAA